AUGGCAAGCGAGAAGCCCCCAAAAGGCGUGACGCUUGUGUUGACCACGGUCAACCCAAAGUUCUCGACCUCGGCCACAAGCCUCACCAAAACCCCUUUCUGCUUUUCACAGAUGACCUUUAGCAGGACACUUUUGCCACUAACCCGGGCCUCGAUCUCUGGGCCGUCUAUUGGGCCGGCCCAACUCCGCUCAUCAGAAGAGCCCUCGUCCUCGACUACAUGGGACUUGCUGACUAGCAAAAUGGAUUCCAUUAAAGGGCUAAAAAGAAAAAGAAAGAAAGAGAUACACCUUCUUGAGUCCGGGGACCAUGGUAGAGAGCGCAAUGAAGAACCGGCUGAGCUGCUCCCGCCGCUUUCUCUCCGCUAUGAUGUGAUCGUAAGUCUGUGA